AUGUCCAACAUCACCAUCCAUCCAGCGACGCAUGAUGAGAUCACCGCCAUCGUGAACUUCAUAACGAAGGCCCGAGCGGACAUGUUCCCGUUCCUCGACCAAACAUCCAGCGAUCAGAUGGCCCUGAAAGAACUCGACAUUUUCAAGGACAGAUAUCUUGACCAUCCCCAAGGCGCGUUUUUAACAGUUUGUUCCGAAGGGCGCCUGAUUGCGACAAUUGGCUACGUUGCUUAUGAUGGGCGCUUCUCACAUUUGUCUCUCGAACCUGAGAAUGUCGUCGAGGUACUCAGGUUAUACGUCGAGCCUGAAUGGCGUCGUGCAGGGAUAGCUUCCAAGCUCUUUGACACGCUAGUCGAGACAGCUCGGCAAUCUGGCGUCGAGCAGCUUUACCUGCACACGCAUCCCUUCCUACCGAAUGCCAUCGACUUUUGGAAAGGAAAAGGGUUCUCGGUUAUCACCGUAGAUGAAGACCCAGUCUGGCAAACGACGCAUAUGAAACGGUCGCUCUAG